GUUAAUUCGAAAUUAAAUUUGAAACAUGACCGAUCAGCUGGAAGACGUAGAAGAAUCUGCAGACUUCCGUGACAUAGAAGAGUUAAAUGACGAUGUGCCCUCAUGCAGCGGCACGCAGCAGCACAGGAAGGACCGAUUCGUGGUGAACAAGUGGGUGGCUCAUGCUCUCUGGUCCUGGGACGUGACCGUGGACAACUGCGCGAUCUGCCGCAACCACAUCAUGAACCUCUGCAUCGAGUGCCAGGCGGAUCCCAAUGCCAACAAGGACGAGUGCACCGUGGCCUGGGGCGAGUGCAACCACGCCUUCCACUACCAUUGCAUCGCUCGCUGGCUGAAGACGCGUCUUGUUUGCCCCCUGGACAACAAGAAGUGGGUCUACCAGAAAUACGGCCACUAAACCAAGCUGCAAGCUGCACACUGCAAAACUGCACACUGCACACUGCAAAAGAACUGGAGCUCGUUCGCGUUGGGUUACACACGUUUUAUAUUUGAGAGUUGUAAACAAAAUUAAAUAAGAUUUUCAAUGGG